AUCAUUGUAAAGCAGUUUGUUAUUGUAAAUACUCGUUUGUGAUGUGAAUUAAUGAUAAUCUAAUUAAUAUCAGAAGCUACUAAUUUGACCUUGUAAGAAAUGCUAUUGAAUUUCAGUGCAGAAUUUCUCAAUAAAAUCGGACUUUUGCCGUUUGAUGUCUCGCAAGAUCGUUAGUUUUGUUUACAUCCAUCUUAUGGUAACUAAACAGUCUGAUUUAGUAUAAUUUUUACUCUUCUCGGAAAUCUUUGCAUUUUAAUAUGCAGUCUGAGGAAUCAGAUUCAAGUUCAUCUUCAACUGUCGACAUUCCUGAUAAUAUCAAAUCGCCACAAAUCUCUGCUAAAUGGCGUCAACAUACUUAUUGUCACAUUGCUAGCUUAAUGCGCCAUAAACCAUAUGCUCAACGAAUUCGCAAAAGAAGAAAGCCUGUGUUAAUUAAAAGUCAGGCCAACAGGCAGAGAUAUCUUCAAUACAAUCACCCGAUGCCAGUUCCCAGUGAAUCGAAUAAUACCACUUCCAAAUUAGGCUCUUCUGAAAAGAGUAAUUCUCAAAAUACAUCGUUCAAACAGAGAGAAAUUACUACCAUUUAUGAAGAAGUGUAUCAGUGUUCUAAAGCAUAUCAUAAUCGCAUUUCAAAGCCUAGGGGAUUUCAAGAAAAAGUUGCAUCUUUGAAAGUUAUUGUUAGUAGACUACAAAAAAUGUGCCUUGAAAAACCUGAAGUGCUUCAAAAUACUAUUCCAGAUGAAACAAUAAAACGCUUCAAAGCAAUUCACAUUAAGUAAAAGAUAAAAUUCACUUUUUUAGAUCUGUUUGUCGAGCAAUUAUGUUACAUCUUUCCACUGCCAUCAAUAUAUUAGUGAUGACUGAUACAUUCCACAUUGUUCUUUUUUAUAUUCUUUACAUUACUGUAAUAAUGACUGUGAAGUAACUGUUGGAAACUUUUCGUUACGUUUUGUAAUGUGCUUAAAAGUGUAUCAAUUAAAUAAAGUGCAUUCUAUCUUUCAAACAACUGAAUAAAAUGGUUGACUGUAGAAAUUAAAACUUGUUUCAUAUAUUCUAUUAGCACUAGAUAUUAUAUGAUAUUUUUACAACAUUGUUUGAUAUUCUGAAUAUCAUACAAUGUUUUCAAGAUAUCAUACUAUCACCACUGGGAAUUUCAUGUUAAUGGAGUGUGCUUCAAAUAUUAAUUUAAAGAUUUUUGCUCCUCUCUCUUUUUAUAGCUUAAAAAUUCUCAAUACAAGAUUUUGUCUGAAUACAUUGCAGCUACUUUUCUCUAUGUAGAUUUCAUUUAUGAUUCUUAAAAUAAAUUAAUGUGCAAUAUGCUUAUCUAUAUUUUUUAUGAGAGCAUUGUUAAUUAGUAGAAAAAUAGUUCUUAGUAUAUUUGUGAUGAUUUUUUUUUUCAAUUAUUGAAUGAAUUAAUCUCUAAGCAAUAAUUAUUUUAUUCUGAUAGUACUAUGUUUCAAAUU